AUGGAGGUACAGCGAAAGCUUGCUUCACUCGACGUCAUCUUGUGGCUGCGCGAGAACUACAAGGUGGGCAAGAACGGGUCGGUAAGCAAGAACAGCGUCUACCAACACUACUUCGACUCGUGCCAGGAAAAGGGCAUCGAGCCCGUCAUUUCAGCGACUUACUUCGGGAAGCUGGUGAAGCGUGCUUUUCCUGGCAUCAAGUACAACCGGAAGGGUCCGCGAGGAAGUGCAGUACAGCAUUACACCUGCCUGAAGCGAGCCAAAAUCGGCGUUGAUGGCUUGGCCGGCGCCUCACCCUAUCCCGAGUAUGGCACACCGGGUGGAGGGGCCGUCAUUGCGGGAGGCGCGUUCACUGCGGAGGAGCUGGCCCUGUGUCAGUACUCGCUCAAGCGGGAGAGGCUCGAACACGCCGACCCCGACUCGCCUUCUCUCGACCACCCGCCCGGAACGUUCUCGCCGCGCCGUCGACAGGCCAUGUUCCCUCACCCGUUCGCCCAGAGCGCACACGGCUAUCCCCCUCCUCCCUCCUCGCUGUCGCACCAUCACCACCACCAUCAUCCGCCGCCCCCGCACCCUCACGUCCAGCACUACUCCCACCACCAACCCCCACAACACUUUGCGGCGGAGGCACCUACGCACGCGUACCACCACCGCGCGCCGCCUUCUUCCCACGCGCGCGAUGUGCGCAGCCCCACUGGAGACGAGCUCUCCGCUCCGUGGACCCUCGACCACUCCGCGCCGUCGCCGCCGCCGCCCAUGUCGAUUUCGAUGAUGCGGGGCUCCCACGCGCCACCCACUGCUCCCGCGUGUCAGGCCCAGCACCGCCACCAGCACGUCGCCGUCGCCCACGCCCGCUCUCGUGCGAGCCCCCAUCCCUACGAUUUGGAAGAGCGCCACCACCAUCAGCAGCGGCAGCAGCACCAGCACCAGCCGCAUCUCUCUCCAGACGUGGGUGACCACCCACACCCGUAUCGCCACGAAUAUCCGGCGCACCACUCCUCCCACUACGGCCACCCUGCCGCGCACCUCCGCUCUCCAUCCCUCCCGCUUGGCCACCCUGCCCACGAGCACGACCACGAGCACGACCGCGAUCAUCAUCACUACCAGCACCACCACCAGCAGCAGCCGCACCCGUACUACUACCACCAGCACCUGCAGCAGCGGAGCUCGGCCCCUCUCCUUCCGUCGCCUCGCGGGCACGCCUCGUCGUCGGGCGCCAACCCGCACCCGCACGCCGGCCACCGAUUCCAGGCGAUGCUGCGCGGCCACGCGUCCCACGCCAGCGCCAACUCGAGCCCCACGUCGCCGUCGGGGAGCAGCCAUAUUGGCUCCUCCAAUCCCCCCUCGCCACCGUCGCCUCCGCCGCACCUCCUCCUCCCCUCCCUCGACUCUGCCGCCUUCGCCACUCCGCUCCUUCCUUCCACCGCCACCAGCAGCGGCAGCAGCGGCGGCGCAUCCAUCGGAGGCCUCCGCAACUCGCCCACUGCCACGGACUCGCACCACCAGCAACACAACAACAACCGCCACAACGAAGCCGCCGGCGCGAGCAUCACAUCCAGCGCCGACGAGACCCGCCACGACCAGCAGCGACAGAGACACCAAGCGCCAGCGGCCGCGUCGUCGUCGCCGGAGCUGGCGGCUGGUGCCGGUCCAGCAUCAACGUCGGCGUCGUCGGCGUCGUCGGUGCCCCACGCAUUCGAGCCGUCGAUGGAGGACAUGUACCCGUUGCCGACCUUCACCAGCGAGGACCUCGAGCGGCACCAACCCCAACCCCAACAGCACUCGCAGCACCAGCAGCACCAGGCCCUGCGACCACAGCUGGGCCGCUCCUCUUCCCCGGCACUGGAGCACCUGCUUCGUGGCAUUGCCUCACGCGACGUGGAGGACGAAGAGCUGGUCUCCUUCUAUGACCACUACCUCAAGGCCUGA